AUGCUUGACCCGGACUCCUGGCCUCACACUCCUCACGGUGUCCUGCUGCUGACCCUACUGCUGGGACUCCCAGAAGCAGCUUCACGGGAGCUGAAGGUGAUUCAGCCUGAGAAAUCAGUUUCUGUCCAAGCUGGAGAGUCAGCCACUCUGAACUGCAAUGUGACGUCUCAGCUAUCUGUGGGGCCCAUGAAGUGGUUCAGGGGCACAGGACAGAGUCGGCAACUAAUAUAUGCUUUCACAGGAGAGAAGUUUCCCCGAGUCACAAAUGUUACAGAUAUUACAAAGAGAAACAACCUGGACUUUUCCAUCCGCAUCAGUAAUGUCACAACUGAUGAUGCUGGUACCUACUACUGUGUGAAGUUCCAGAAAGCAGACUGUGACAAGGAGUUUCUGUCUGGGGGAGGCACAGUGCUGUAUGUCCUUGGUAAGUACUGCAUUGUCCUUGUCCCUCAUAUCUCCAAAAAGGCAAAAUGUGUCCAAGAUUGUGUGAUCAACAAUAAAGACGCAAGCCUGAAAUUCCUGGAUCCACCUAGCACAGCACAGUGCACUGUACAAGCGAACUGGCCAGGUCGUAUUCUGGAGGUAAAAGGGAAAGUUCCUAAGGAGUGCAAGAUUAUGAUGACUCAGGUGGAUGGAAUGGCCCGAAAUCUCUGUUCUAUCUCUUUAAGCACACUUCAGUCUUGUGGGAGGUGUUCUUGUCACUCAGGCCUCGCUAUCCAAUCAGGCCCUCCAGAAGACCUGUCAGUCAGAUGUUCUGCAGCGCUCUUCCGGGCUUCCGCAUUCAUUCUCGAUUUUGCAGAGGAGCUGGCAGCAUUGGUUUCCUGUGUUGCUGCUGCAGGGAGUUGA